ACGUAAGUUAAAAUCACAACACAUCCUGCUUGCUCCAUCUUUUGCUUUGCUGAGGCCAAGGGCAGAGAUCAGAUGACGAUGUGGCCGAAAAUGAUCUGGAUCGCUUUCAUGGUUGCUGUCUCCGUCGCUCGCAUUGAUGGACUGCACAUCGUUAAGCGAAGCGCCGUGGGAGAUGGAACAAACGAGGUGAGCGCCGAUAAGGUCUCGUCGCCAUCAGCAGCAGCAACAGAGAGUGCUGGGAACAGCGGGGACUCCUCCUCCUCUUCCUCGGGUGUUUCCGUGGAUUCGUCUAAUUCUACCAUCUCCAACAUGGUUCCGUCGCCGAGCACAUCAGUGUCCAUCAUAUCCUCUACCCCUGGAAUACAGGUCACUACUGAUACAACGACUACAAGUAACUCUUCUUCAUCCAUAGCUGCAGAAGGCGGUACAGCUGCAGCCACAGCUGUAGUAGUUGGUACAGUUGCGGCAGAGGUUGUUGCCUCACCCCCAGCCAGUUCGUCAUCAGCUGGAAAUACUAGUGCUUCUUCAGCAACAAACAUCACCAAUACCGCGUCUUCAUCAACAACUGCCGCAAACGCUGGUGCGUCAUCCAGUGUCACAGCUAGUUCUGCCCCAGGCCCUAACAUGGGUAUCCAACAGUCUGCGUCUGUCAACGCCCCCAUAGUUUCCUCGAAUACUUCUGCAACCACGAAUGCAACUUCGGCAACAUCAACAGCUGGGUCAUCAGCCAAUGCAAUUGCAACAUCAGCCGACUCCAGCGCCUUUGCUUCAGCUUUUGUUCUUGUCAAUCCAUCAUCUGCUCCUGGACUAAAUGCUAGUUCUCCAAACACUUCAGUGACGUCUACAAGUACUGGUUCAUUAUCUACGACCGUGAACAACACUAGUUCCACUACAAUCGGAGCUACGGCAUUAACAACAGCAACAAGUGCCAGCACGUCAUCAACAACAAUAACAGGCGCUGGCACAUCAACAACAGGGACAAGUGCCAGCACAUUAUCAGCUGCAGAAACAAAUUCCAUCACAUCAUCAGGACCAGUUGCUAGCACACAAUCAACAGGAACAAACACUGUCCAUACGUCAUCAGCAACAGGAACAAGCUCCAUCGCGUCAUCAGCUACAGGAACAAACUCCAUCGCGUCAUCAGCUACAGGAACAAACUCCAUCGCGUCAUCAGCUACAGGAACAGUCGCUAGCCCAACGUCAACAGGAACAAACACUGUCAAUGCGUCAUCAGCAACGGGAACAAGCUCCAUCACGUUAUCAGCUACAGGAACAAACUCCAUCUCGUCAUCAGCUGCAGGAACAAACUCAAUCACUUCAUCAGGAACAGGCGCAGUCACAGCGUCAGCAGCAGGAACAAGUGCGAGCACGUCAUCGGCUUCAGGAACAAGCGCCGGCACUGCAUUGGCAUCAGGAACAAGCGCGAGUACGUCAUCGGCUAUAGGAACAGGUGCGAGCACAACAUCUACAGGAACAACAGGCGCCGUCACGGCGUCAGCAACAGGAACAAGUACGAGCACGUCAUCGGCUUCAGGAACAGGUGCGAGCACGUCAUCGGCUACAGGAACAGGUGCGAGCACAACUUCAAGAGGAACAACAGGUGCCGUGACAGCAUCGGCAGCAUUAACAAGUGCGAGCACGUCAUCGGCUACAGGAACAAGCGCCGGCACUGCACUAGCAACAGGAACAAGCGCGAGUACGUCAUCGGCUAUAGGAACAGGUGCGAGCACAACAUCUACAGGAACAACAGGCGCCGUCACGGCGUCAGCAACAGGAACAAGUACGAGCACGUCAUCGGCUUCAGGAACAGGUGCGAGCACGUCAUCGGCUACAGGAACAGGUGCGAGCACAACAUCAACAGGAACAACAAGCGCCGGCACGGCGUCAGCAGCAGGAACAAAAGCGAACACGCCAUCGGCUACAGAAAUAAGUUCCAACAUCAAUGAUAGUGCUUCCCCUGCCAGUGAAACGUCGGAAGCGAACAAAGGUCAAAAAGUGGACACAAAGGGAGUGGGGACGACGUCUGUGACGGAGGCAACAAACAAACAACUCGACACAGUCAUCCCGGAAAUACAGAACACACAGCUGUCGCUGGAGCAGAUUAAACAAUUAGUGAAGAUUUACAAACUUCGACCAAGUAACUACGGCCGCUUCUUGGAGGCCCUGCAGUGGCAGUCGUCGAAAACAGUCAGGACCAUGGACACACGCCGUAGAGUCAUCACAUCAGUUGCAGCAACGUACCAGGUGGUGCUCAAUGGAGGAGACUGUGUACCCUGGAACAGCUUCCCCUUCGACCGUACACUCACCUGGCAGGGAGGACGCGCCACGAUCCAUUUCUUCAAUCCCGAUGGACGCUAUGCCGAGCUCUGUAUGGGUAACCCUCUGACAGAAGUCGACAAGUCAUGUCGCUUCCAGGUGGUCAUUCCCAAUGACAUAAUCACCGCCAUAGACACUCCAGGAUUCGUGGUGUACAACCGAAUCAUGCAUAUUCAACACCAGGGAGAUGUUCACACGAUUGACAAUAUGUUAUCACGGGGCGCCGAGUUCGUGAAGCGGCAGGAAACAAUCCAGGAGUUCGCCUCCUGCUACAACUAAACCCUGAGGUACACAACAAGCCUGUGGGUGCUGCAUGUACAACCAAUCAACAGAAAUAACACUGUCGCUGUGGACACGCGUCAUUGUUCAACGUCUUUGUGUAACACACAUCUACAGCUCUUACUGCCCAGAGGGUCAGUUAUGUAAAAAAUAUACCAUAGACCUUUUCUCAAGACAGUCAAGGGUGUUAUAAUUAUACAUAUAUGUAUGUCUGUGUAUAUAUGGCCUUUUUUCCAGAGGGCAAGGUUGUAACAAUCACAUAUGUAACCUCCUUCCCGAAAGUUAAGGUUGUGACAAUCACAUAUGUGACCUCCUUCCCGAAGGUCAAGGUUGUGACAAUCACAUAUGUGACCUCCUUCCCGAAGGUCAAGGUUGUGACAAUCACAUAUGUGACCUCCUUCCCGAAGGUCAAAGUUGUGACAAUCAUGACCUCUUUUCCAGGAGGUUCAAAGUUGUAACAAUCAUAUAUAUGGCCUCCAUUGUUGAGGGUCACGGUUGCAACAAACAUGACCUUCUUUCCGGAGGGGGUUGUAAUAAUCAUGGAUAUGACCUCCAUUCUAGAGGGUCAAGGUCGUGACAAUAAUGGCCUCUUUUUCUAGGGGGAUCAAGGUUGUGACCAUAACCAAAUGGUCUCUUCUCCCUAGGGUCCUGGUUGUACCAAUUUCUGGAGGUUCAGGGUUGUAUAAUUAAUAUAUACAGUCUCCUUUCUGGAGGAUCAAGGUUAUAUAAUAAAUAUACAGAACCUCUAUAGAGGGUUAAGGUUGUAACAAUUGAGUCUAUGACAUACCUUCCAGAGAGUAUGAACGUGUCAAUAGUGCUUCAUGAUCCACGUAUCACAUUGUGAAUAAAGAGAUAAUUUAUA